CGCAGCUGUCCCAGUGCGGCGGGCCACGGGGCACAGGACGGCAGCGGGCUCCGGCAGCCGGCCCAUUCAGCCAUGGUGCCUUACUCCGAAGGGAAAAUAUACGCAGCUUUCUGCUUUUCGUAAUGAAAAGAAAUGCUGAGAUAUAAAUAAAGCUUUUCUCUUCUGAUUUGGAUACUUAUAAUGGGUAUCGGGAAGUCUAAAAUAGAUUCCUGCCCUCUUUCUCUCUCUUUGAGUAAAAGCCACAGUGUGGAUACAAGUCAAAGACAUCAUGAGUCAGAUUCCAAGAAAUCUGAAAUCUCCCUGCGUGAUGUUGCUGAGCAUAGCAAUACAACAGAGGUGCCAACGGGAGAGCAGGAGGGAACUGAGGGAGCGGAAGAGAUGCCCGAAGAGCAAGCAGAAGAAGAAGUGUUCCUCAAAUUUGUGAUUCUGCAUGCAGAAGAUGACACAGAUGAAGCUCUCAGAGUCCAGGAUCUGCUACAAAAUGACUUUGGCAUCAGACCUGGAAUAAUCUUUGCUGAGAUGCCAUGUGGCAGACAGCAUUUACAGAAUUUAGAUGAUGCUGUAAAUGGUUCUGCAUGGACAAUCUUAUUAUUGACUGAAAACUUUUUAAGAGAUACCUGGUGUAAGUUCCAGUUCUAUACAUCCCUAAUGAACUCUGUUAACAGGCAUCACAAAUACAACUCCGUUAUACCCAUGCGACCCCUGAACAAUCCCUUGCCUCGGGAAAAGACUCCCUUUGCUCUGCGAACCAUCAAUGCCCUAGAGGAAGAAAGUCGUGGCUUUCCUACACAGGUAGAAAGAAUUUUUCAGGAGUCUGUGUAUAAGACACAACAAACUAUAUGGAAAGAGACAAGAAAUAUGGUACAAAGGCAAUUUAUUGCCUGAGAUGGAACACAGAACACAUGUCUCUCUUAAAACAAAUGAUUUAUCUUCACUUGAGAAAGCAAUUUCCAAGAAAAGUUUAAAUAAAAGUGAUCCUUAUUCUUAGAGAAACCUAUAGAGUAUAAGAAAGGUAAAUUUUUCUGGACAGUUUAUAGAAUCGUGGUCCUUUUCGCUGUUUCAGUAAACUUGAGAUUGUCACAGUUUCGAGAACUUUCCUUUCACAGUUUUCUCAGGUUGUGAAUAUGACAAAGGAUAUUCUCAAUUCCUAGUCCUUAUGUUGAACCUCGAAUAAAAACUUGUAUGAUAGACAUUUUAAAAUAUGAUAAUACUUUCACUGAAUUUUGUUCUCAAAGGACGCACAUAAGAAUGGCCCCGAGAAAUCUGACCACUCUCCUGAGACAUCUCUCAUUAAGGUUGUGAUAAAGCAUCCCCCAAAUUGUUACCCUGGAAUCUGGAUAGCCAGAAUGGAACAUAUGGACUGUUGAGUACUGGUGAAUAUGAAACCAGAAAUAGAUGUGAAAAAUGGUGGGGCGUUUAAAAAUCAAGUCAGACGCAUUUUCUUCCUCCUGGAAUUUGUGUAUUUGGAGGCAAUUUCUACCAUUGAUUCGUAGCCCAUUGAGAGCGUAGUGGUUAGGGACGCUGUCUACACGGAGCAGUGUUGAGAUGUGCCCUGGAGCCUGAAGGUCCUCAUGUAACCAGGUCUUUAUUUGCAGCCCUUCUAAAAGGUGUAUGAGUGUGUGUCCUUGGCCAGAUAUUUUCCUUUAAAAUCAAUAACUUAUGGUAACCUUUAAAAAUUUCUCUCGUGCACAAUGCUCUAUCCAGGAAAUAUUUCUCAGGUAUUUAGAGAAUCCUCACUGUGUGUGUGUGCGCAUGCCUGCACACCCACGUGCAUUGGGGUAGAAGUAGAUGUGUUUUAUUGCUUCCUUUUCCAGUAUCCCACACUCAUAGCAAGCCAGAGAAGCCCCAGCCAGACCUAUUCCUUCCCCUCACAGCCCUUCUGCCCCAGCUGAGAUUGAGGGAGAAUUAUCAAGUACAGACCAGGACAGUUGGGUAUGAAUCAUGUCAUGUUGUAAUGUGAAAAGCACCUGCUGGGGCAUCAGGAGAUCUGGUUCCAGUCCAGUCUCUGUCACUGAGAAUGAAUGUGACCAUGGGCAAGUUACUUACCCUCCUUUAUCUGUGAAGUAAAAGGACUGGAUUGAUGGAUCUCUGAAGGCCUUUGUUCUCUCCUAGAAUCUGAACAACUAGGAACCAGAAAAGGGAACAAGCAAAAAAAAAAAAAAAAAAAUCCAGAAUUUUAUAAUGUGAUGUAUAAUAAUUGCAGGAGACUUUAUAUAUGCUUACAGUGAAAGGGUAUUCUUAUAUGUUUACAGUGUAAUUGAUUUCUAAUGCUGUCCAUUAUACUUCUAUAGUCACUGGAAAGAAUGUACUUUCUCAGAUUUUUUUAAGUACAUUUUUUAUAGGGACCCUUGAGCAAAGAUACUCUGUCUGAUUUUUAUUUCUCCUUAUUCCCACUUCUCUGUACCCCCUAUUAGAACUGGGGUCUGCUCACGUCUUUGUGCAAUCCACCUCUUCACAGCCAUGAACCAAACGUUCCAUUGGGGAACAUUCUCCAGUAAUCCUGCAAGUCUAGCUUUCUUCUGUACUAGUACUUAUUAAAGAGGAGAUUAUUUUAAUUUUAUGGUGACAUUUGCUUACCCUAAAGUCCCUUUCUAUCAUAGUAGCUUACUACUCACUUUGCUUUUUCAGUUUUAAUAACAAGUAGUGUGUUUUUUCUGUUGUUUUUUUGUUUGUUUGCCAUACUACUUCCUGUGUCUUAAAUUUCAUACACCAACAAAACAGUUAUUACCUACCCUUUGUGUCUGCCAAACUCAGAACUGGAUGGUAUUUCUUAAAUAAAUGUUUUUAUUCUUUA